AUGACGACAACAAGUUACAGCGGUUGCAGCUGAAAUAGGCCACCCACGAACCUCGCCAGCAGCACCCCUAGAACCCAGCCGCCCUAUUAAAGAUCGCAAGACCAGUCAAGCAGCGCUUCGACAACGCCUGAAAUAACACAAGCGACGACAUUGACGCCAGCGACAGAUGACCGCAGUUUCGAAAAAGCAUUCCAUCUGACAAAGUCAGCACUAAUUGACAUACGCGAUCGGCGAGCUUCUUGCCGGCUGUCACGGCGUGCAGCUCAAAAUCCCGCCACUUGUCGAGCCAAUAUGUGGCCAGUGGCUCACGCAUAAGGCAGAGGAUAACGAGGUAUGCGGCCAACAGGCUCACGCAUGCUGAUGGCAAAGAUGGAAGUUAGUGGGAGUAUGCGGCUGAAGAGCUCACGCAUUGGAAAAAUCGCUUCUGUUUGAGUCAGCAUCAACAGCACGAGCCUAAGGACGAGCAGUAUGGCCGGCUGUCACGGUCACAGUCUGUGGCACUGGGAUUCCGCCAGCUUUGACGCUAGCAUGCGACUUGUCAGUGACGCAGCACGACGCUUGGGGUCCAGAGAGAAGACAGUAGGAGACAUGCAGCGUUGCAGCUCAGGCAUGGAGGAGACAAGAAAAACGAUGCGGCUUGACGCUCACGCACGGAAGAACAAGGAGAAGACAGAAAGUGCGGAACCAGGAUCACGCACAGAAAGAAGCUCGAGGGUAUGCGGCAAUGAGGCUCACGCGCGGAAGUGGAGGAAGAAGGAAGGAGUGCGGCACCGGGCUCACGCACAGAAGGGAAACGCUAGGAAAACAAGCGGCGUUGGGGCUCACGCACGAUCAAAGAGAAGGCAAGAGCAUGCGGCACCGACUGGCGCUCACACACGAAGCAAAGAAGAGCAAUGAGCAGCGAAGAGCAUACGAAAUCGAGUUUCGGUCCAGCAUGCUAUUGCGCUGUAUGCUGCGAUACAUCCAGCCACGGAAGACCCAAGGUUCAAAUCAAGCGAUGGCUGGCAAGCGAACAUAGACCAUACUGGCGGCAAUGGAUCCUGUGAGCGUGCAUGUCGACCUGGUGAGAUGAAUCCGGCAAAGACCACGG